AUGAAAGAAAGGCAAAAAAAUUAUAAUUUAUCAAAUGAACUUUAUUAAAAGUAAAUAUAAAAAUGCAUAGAAAUUUAAACAAUACAUAAAUAAGAUUCAGUAAAAAGAAAUUAAGUAUUCUCAAAUUAAAUGAAAACAUAUAUUGAAAAAUAUCAUAAAGAAAUGUCAAAAGUCUAUGCAGCUGAUGAAUUUUUAAGAGAAACAAAAAAAGUAGUUUAAUAAUAUUUAAAAAGAUUUAAACCAAAGAUGGCUUUGGAUUUGAAAUAAAUUUUAUCUGUAAGUAAAACAGCGUUUGAAGCCAAAAUUUUUAAUUAUAAAGGGAAUAAAAGUCAAAUAUAUAAAAAUGAUUUAUUUUAAAUUUAAGAACUUGACUAAUUUUAAGAAAAUGAUAUGAAUUUAGAAAAUCUAUAAAAAUAAAACUUUUUAAUAGAAAGUUCAAUAUAAAAUAAAAAAAACUUAGAUUAAAAUAAUCUUUGA